GUCUUUUUUUAAGUUGAGGUGGAUGAACAACAAUAGUAAAACUGUCAAACUUGUAAGUAGUGAUAAUGAAAUUUUUGAAGUCGAGACAAGCAUCAUAUCACUUUCUGAAACAAUAAAGAAUGUCUUGGAGGACACGGAGGAUACUGAGAGCAUUCCUUUGCCCAACGUUGAAGGAAGAAUUCUAGCAAAGGUCGUUGAAUAUUGUAGAUAUCACUCGUUAUUGAAAACUAUCCCGCAAUCCGAAGAGGAUAUUGAGCGCUGGGAUAGAGAGUUUUUAAAUGUCGAUCAACCAACUCUUUUUCAUUUGAUUUUGGCUGCAAACUAUUUAGAUAUUAAAAGCUUAUUGGAUUUAACCUGUAAGAGAGUGGCAGAUAUGAUCAAAGGUAAAAAACCCGAAGAAAUUAGAAAAGAGUUUAAUAUCGUUAAUGACUUUACACCGGAAGAAGAAGAAGAGGUACGAAGAGAGAAUGCGUGGUGCGAAGAUCCAUAAAGCAUCGAGUAUAAUAAAACAAGAAAGUAUAUUCAAAUGAU